AUGCUGAGAGCCUUCCACAUCUUGAAGAAAGCCAAACUCGAUGGGGCCCAAGAGAAAUUUAACACCUACGUGACGCUGAAAGUGCAGAACGUCAAGAGCACCACCAUCACUGUGCGUGGUGCCCAGCCAUGCUGGGAGCAGGACUUCAUGUUUGAGAUCAACAGGCUGGAUCUGGGGCUGACAGUGGAGGUGUGGAACAAAGGGUUAAUCUGGGACACCAUGGUGGGCACCUUGUGGAUCCCCUUGGAAAACAUCCGCCAGUCUGAUGAGGAGGGGCCGGGGCAGUGGCUGACCUUAGACUCCCAGGUCAUCAUGGCUGAGAAUGAGAUCACAGGCACCAAAGACCCCACCUUCCACCGCGUGCUGCUGGACAGCCGAUUUGAACUGCCAUUAGACAUUCCAGAGGAUGAGGCUCAAUACUGGGCCAAGAAACUGGAGCAGCUCAACUCCAUGAGGGACCAGGGCUAUACAUACCAGGAAGAGGAGAGACCACUUCAAGCACCAUCAACACAAUGCUGUAACUGGAGUCUGUGGGGAAACCAGCAAAAUGAGGACCCAGACAGUGCAAUGGACGACAGAGACAGUGACUACCGCAGUGAGACCAGUAACAGCAUCCCCCCUCCCUUCUACACCAUGUCUCAGCCCAACACCUCCAUGCACCAGUACCCCAUCCUGAGAGACCAGCGCUACUCCUCGCACACCUCCUACAAUGGCUCCAUCCAAGAGCUGGACUAUGACAACCAUAGAGCCAUCAGAUGCUAUGAUACUUUAGACUCAGCCACCAACGGGCACAGUGAUCUCGAUUCAGCUUCAGGUUCAAGCCGGCACACCAGCCGCCAGUACACUCUAGACAGUAGGCACUCACUCUCCAAUAGUCCUACAGGCAGCAGUCACUAUGCCUCCUCCGGGGAGCUGAGUCAAGGCAGCUCCCAGCUCAGUGAGGAGUUUGGCCCAGAGGUCCAGGGGAACAUGAGGGGCUCUGUGGAGCUCUACGAUGAGGACAACGCCUACCACUCCUGUCACUCCUCUGUCAGCUACGGCUGGGAUCCCGACGCGACCGAGGAGGUGUACAGUGACGAGGGGGGCUACAUCAAAGAUGACGAGGAGGAGGGUGAGCUUUAUGAGCCCGAAGAUGGAGAGGGGGAGUAUGACUAUGAGAGAGAGGAGGAGGAGGAGGAGGAGAUGGACAGCACGCUAAGCGAGGAGCUGCACUACUCCCCCUCCCCUACAAGCACGGCUUCCACGCUGGCCCCCAAGGCCUCCAUUGCCAGGCCUCCUCUGGAGAAACAGGCCUCCCUGAGAGAGCAGCAGCCACAUCCCCCCACCCUGGUUCCCUCUUCCCUGGCCCCCACCUCUCAAGCCCACUCAAUGCUCCCUUUCCAGCCCCCUGUCACCACAGCCUCCACCAAGCCUACCUUCAUCCCAAUGAUCCAUCCAUCCCUCAUCCAGCCCCCUGCUCCAGAUACCCAGCCCCCUGCUCCAGAUACCCAGCCCCCUCCCCCUGCUCCAGAUACCCAGCCUCCGGUGUUUGAUGCCCUGGAUGACAUCCACCUAGACAUCCAAGUGGAGGAGCCUCUGACUUUAGAGGAGGAGGUCCCUGUCGUAGAGAGCCUCCCAGCAGAUGUCCCCCCAGAGAAGACCCCGGUCGUCAGCUAUCAGAGGCCCAUCAUGGAUCCUGGUCCAGACAGGGCUAGGGCCAACUGGCAACGGCUCUGCAGCAAGGUCCGACUACAGCUGCAGCAGGCUCGGGGGGAGUCCGUUGGGAUUUGCUCCCUGUUGCUAUCAGCAGGGGUGGGUGGUGCGCUGAAUAGCAUCGACAGCAUGCCGGACCUCCGCAAGAGGAAAGCCAUGCCUCUGGUCAGGGACCUGGUCAGUGCUAUGUCCCUGGCUCAGAACUCCAGGAAGGCAGGGUUCACAUCAGCUAUGGCGUCCAGCACUCUCAAUAACGAGGAUCUGAAGAGCCAUGUGUACAAGAAGACCCUACAGGCUCUGAUCUACCCCAUCUCCUGCACCACACCCCAUAACUUUGAGGUGUGGACGGCCACGACACCCACCUACUGCUAUGAGUGUGAGGGGCUGCUGUGGGGCAUCGCCCGCCAGGGCAUGAGGUGCACCGAGUGCGGGGUCAAAUGUCACGAUAAGUGCCAGGACCUACUCAAUGCUGACUGCCUGCAAAGGGCAGCGGAAAAGAGUUCUAAGCAUGGGGCAGAGGACAGAACCCAGAACAUCAUCAUGGUUCUAAAAGACAGGAUGAAAAUCCGAGAGAGGAACAAGCCGGAGAUCUUUGAGCUGAUCCAGGAGGUGUUUGCCAUGGUCAAGGUCACUCACGUCACCGACAUGAAGCAGAUCAAACAGAGCGUACUGGAUGGCACCUCCAAGUGGUCGGCCAAGAUAAGCAUCACAGUGCUGUGUGCCCAGGGCCUCCAGGCGAAGGAUAAGACAGGCUCCAGUGACCCCUACGUCACGGUCCAGGUGGGCAAGACCAAGAAGAGGACCAAGACCAUCUAUGGAAACCUCAACCCUGUCUGGGAGGAGAACUUCAACUUUGAGUGCCACAACUCCUCGGACCGAAUCAAGGUGCGGGUGUGGGACGAGGAUGAUGACAUUAAGUCUCGGGUGAAGCAGAAGUUCAAAAAGGAGUCAGAUGACUUCCUGGGUCAGACCAUCAUCGAGAUCCGCACGCUGAGUGGAGAGAUGGAUGUCUGGUACAACCUGGACAAGCGUACAGACAAGUCAGCCGUGUCUGGUGCCAUCAGGAUGCACAUCAAUGUAGAGAUCAAAGGAGAGGAAACAGUCGCUCCAUAUCAUGUCCAAUACACCUGUCUGCAUGAGAACCUCUUCCACUUUGUCACAGAUGUGCAGAGUUCUGGUGUUGUGAAGAUUCCUGAUGCUGAAGGGGAUGAUGCGUGGAAGGUGUACUUUGAUGAGACUCCUCAGGAGAUAGUGGAUGAGUUUGCCAUGCGCUACGGAGUGGAGUCAAUCUAUCAGGCUAUGACUCACUUUGCCUGCCUGUCGUCUAAGUACAUGUGCCCUGGGGUGCCGGCGGUAAUGAGUACCCUGCUGGCCAACAUCAAUGCAUACUACGCCCACAGCACCCAGGCCACCAACAGCGUGUCUGCCUCUGACCGUUUCGCCGCAUCCAACUUCGGGAAAGAACGAUUUGUGAAGCUCCUAGACCAACUCCACAACUCCCUUAGGAUUGAUCUGUCCAUGUACCGGAAUAACUUCCCAGCCAGCAAUCCUGAGAGGCUGCAGGACCUCAAGUCUACUGUGGACCUGCUCACCAGCAUCACCUUCUUCAGGAUGAAGGUACAGGAGCUACAGAGUCCCCCUAGAGCCAGUCAGGUGGUGAAGGACUGUGUCAAGGCCUGUCUCAACUCCACCUACGAAUACAUCUUCAACAACUGUCACGAACUCUACAGCCGCGAGUACCAGACAGACCCGUGUGCCAAGCUAGGAGUGGUCGUUCCAGAAGAGCAGGGUCCCAGCAUCAAGAACCUGGACUUCUGGUCCAAACUCAUCACCCUCAUCGUGUCCAUCAUAGAGGAAGACAAGAACUCCUACACACACUGCCUAAACCAGUUUCCUCAGGAUCUCAACGUGGGUAAAAUCAGUGCUGAGGUGAUGUGGAACCUGUUUGCUCAGGAUAUGAAGUACGCCAUGGAGGAGCAUAAAAAGAACAGGCUGUGUAAGAGCGCAGAUUACAUGAACCUGCACUUCAAGGUCAAGUGGCUAUACAACGAGUACUGCAGAGACCUGACCUUCUUUAAGAGCCGUGUGCCUGAGUACCCGGCGUGGUUCGAGCCAUUUGUCAUCCAGUGGUUGGACGAGAACGAGGAAGUGUCUCGAGACUUCCUGCAUGGUGCACUGGAGAGGGACAAAAAGGACGGGUUCCAGGUGACUUCAGAGCAUGCUCUAUUUUCCUGCUCCGUGGUGGAUGUCUUCUCUCAGCUCAACCAGAGCUUUGAGAUCAUCCGCAAGCUGGAGUGUCCCAACCCCCAGAUCAUAGGCAACUGCAUGAAACGCUUCGCCAAGACAAUUGGCAAUGUUCUCAUAUCCUACUCGGACAUUAUCUCCAAGUGCUUUGCUAACUACGUCAACAUGGAGAAAGUGCCAUGCAUCCUGAUCAACAACAUCCAGCAGCUCAGAGUUCAACUGGAGAGGAUGUUUGAGGCCAUGGGAGGAAAGGAUCUGUGCAAGGAGGCCAGUGACUUCCUGAAAGACCUGCAGGUGAAGCUAAACACUGUGAUGGAUGAUCUCAGCAGGAUCUUUUCUGUCAGUUUUCAGCCACAGAUUGAAGACAAUGUGAAGCAAAUGGGAGACAUCCUUGGCCAGGUGAAGGGGACCAACGUGGGAGCUAACAACUGCAGCAGUGUGGCCCAGGAUGCUGACAAUGUUCUGGAGCCUAUCAUGGAUUUCCUGGACAGCAACCUGACGCUGUUUGCGAAGAUCUGUGAGAAGACGGUGCUGAAACGUGUUCUGAAGGAGCUGUGGAAACUGGUGAUGAACACUAUGGAGAGGACCAUCGUCCUGCCCCCUCUCACCGACCAGACGAUGAUUGGGAGGGUGAAGCUUGCUUGUCACAGUGAUGGAACUCAGCUCAUCUCCAACGCUGCCAAGCAGCUGGGACAGCUCUCCAAGAUAAAGGAGCACAUGGGUCGUGAGGAGGCCAAAGCCCUGUCCCCUAAACAGUGUGCUGUGAUAGAACUGGCCCUGGACACCAUCAAGCAAUACUUCCAUGCUGGAGGGGUGGGUCUGAAAAAGACCUUCCUGGAGAAGAGUCCUGACCUGUUGUCUCUACAUUACGCCCUGUCCCUCUACACCCAGGCCACAGACAAACUCAUCAAGACCUUUGUUGCAUCUCAGAUCGCACAAGUUUUCCACAGGAAGGGGUUGAAGUUCACGGCUAGUGAUGAUGUGUAUCCAGAGAAGGGCUCUGGUGUGGACGACGCCGUGGGAGAGGUGUCUAUCCACGUGGAGAUCUUCACCCACCCCAACACUGGAGAGCACAAGGUCACCGUCAAAGUGGUGGCAGCCAAUGACCUGAGGUGGCAGACCACAGGGGUGUUCCGUCCCUUCGUUGAGAUCUACAUCAUUGGUCCUCAUCUUGCUGACAAGAAGAGGAAGUACGCCACCAAAUCCAAGAACAACAGCUACGCCCCCAAAUACAACGAAACGUUCACAUACGCCCUCAGUAACGAGGUGGGCACAGAGUGUUACGAGCUGCAGGUGUGUGUGAAGGACUACUGCUUCGCCCGGGAGGACCGUACCGUGGGCAUAGCCGUAAUGCAGUUGAAGGACAUGUCCUCUAGGGGCAGCGUGGCGUGCUGGCUCCCCCUGGGGAAGAGGGUCCACAUGGACGAGACGGGCCUCACCGUCUUCCGCAUCCUGUCCCAGCGCAACAACGACGACGUGGCAAAGGAGUUCGUCAAGCUCAAGUCAGAUCAGCGCUCUCCCGAGGAGGGCCGAGGAUGAGAAGUCUUUAUUUGCUCAGCGCCAUCUACAGGCUAGGAAGUCCUUAUGCGGACUGACUGCAAAGCCAAACUACUGCCCUGAUUUUUGAGUGUUGGUGAAGCACAGAGAAACAGUUCUUUACUAUAGUACUGUUCAUACAUCUUAUUGAAGAGGGCAUGUGAUACCAUCUACAGGCAUUGUCCUGGUUGUCUUGAAAGCACCAAUAUCUUUAUUAUGAAUAUAAUGAAUCAUGUAAUUUUGCAUACAUAUAUUCAUAAACACAACAAAGUCACAAAACAGACCAACUUACUACAACACAUUCACACAAAGAGAGUUUAAAUGGAUAGUUUGGGAUUUUAUCUACUUUCCCAGAGUCAGAUGAACUCGUGGAUACCAUUUGUAUGUCUCUGUGUCCAGUAUGAAGGCAACUAGAGGUAGUUUCGCGAGCCAGUGCUAAAUAGCUUAGCACAAAGACUUGAAUUCCUUAUGUGGAAUUAGUCGAGGAGACAGCGCGAAGAGUUCACGUCUUUGUGCUAAC